UGUAAAGAUGUCACAACGAUUGCAUUUUUGCAUUUUCGCAUAAUGUAACACUGAUAUAAUUUUGGAAAUUUUUUGAAAGAAAGAUUUAGAUUACGCAUUCAAGUUCUGCAUAAGAAAAAUGCUCGAUGAUGACAACACACUUACAACAGUCUUAAAUCAGACUUGCGUUAUCGACUCAUACAUGUCGACUUUUGUCUAUCCAAACAGAAUAAUUAAUUAUCAAUUUUGUACAUUUCUAUGGUGCAGUUGCAAUAUUAAAAUAUUAUUAUUUGUACAUAAUAUAACACGAGAAAAAAAAUUGUAUAUUUCACAGUAAGACAAAAUCUAUUAGGGAGCGUAGUAUUCGAGUGAUUAUUAAAAUGCAGCACGAUCUAAAAAUGGUGGCGACCAUUGCGUGGCGAUCGAUCAUAAUAAAUUAUUCCGAAUGUGCCCCCGCAUUCAAGUUGUACAACAUUGAAUUUUAGUCACGGUGGGAGAAACUUUUUGUGUAAUAGAAGGUACGAUGUAUGUAUAAAAGACACUGAAGCAAUCGAGAAUAGGUAUCACAGUUUUCGCAGCGAGACAAUCACUACCGCAGUUAAAAUGGUGACUAAAAUUUUGAUUCUCGUGGGUGCUCUAGUAGCCGUCUGCUCCGGAGGAGCGAUACCAGCAAUUCCAGCUAUUCCAGCGGCAGUGCCAGCGUCUGCGGCUCUGACAGUGGGAACCUAUGCUACGAGUUACAGUGCACAUGCCGUCAAUCAUGCCAUAGCUGCCCCAUAUGUAGCGGCUGCACCAUUGACUUACUCCGUUUAUCACGCUUUGCCGGCCACAUAUUCCGCUCCUAUCAUUGCCGGAAGACGUUAAAAACUACAUGAAACUGAUCUCUAUUCGUACAACAAAUCUGGCAAAUUCUAAUUAAAAACUGCUAUAUUAUUAUCAUACACUGUGUUAUUAUCAUACACUUUUUUGAAAGUUUUUUCUUUACGUUGUAAAUAUAGUACACCGAUGUA